CAACAAUAACAACAACAACAACAACACCAACACCAUUAUCAUCAUCAUCAUCACCACCUAUAACAACUAUUUCAAUCGAUAAUAUGGAUUCACAAUUAUUAUCAUCAUCAAUUAGUCCAGAAUUUAUGGGGAAUACAUCAAAAGAUACACAUAUUGAUGAUACAUUAUUAUUAACAAAUAAAAAAUUAAAUCGUACUAUAAAAUAUUUAGAUAAUACAAAAUUAAUAAGACGUGAAUCAAAAUCUUAUUCAACUACAAUAUCCCCUAUACCAUUAAUAUCAUAUCAUCAAAAUGUUAUACCAAAUAGUAUGGAUUUAUAUCCAAUUAGUAUAGAUAGAACUAAUACAAUAAUGGAUAAAAAGUUAACAAAUGAUGAACAUAAUAAUAUGAUUAAAAAUAUAAAAAAUAAAUUAAAUAUUAAUAAAACAUUAAAUACAACAAAAGCUCGUGUUGAAUUAGUUUUAAUAUUUGUUAAAGUUGGUCAAGUAGAUACAGUAAAUGAACGAUAUCAAGCAGAUAUAUUCCUUCAAGCAAGAUGGCGUGAACCAUUACUUGAUGCUAUGUGGAAUAAAUCUAGUUUAAAAUCAAAAAGUAAUUGGCAAACAAAUCCUUCCAUUGAAAAUCCAUUUACAGAUUUAACUUCAAAACGACAAUUGAAUACGUUAAAAUUACAAGAUGAUGAAUUUUGGAAUCCUCGUUUAUUAAUUGAUAAUGCUGAAGGUGAACCAAUUGAAAUAGUUAGUCAUGAAGUAGAAUUUAUUGAACCAGAUUUUGAAGCAUAUCUUGUAGAGAAACGACGAAUUAAAGGUAUCUUUCAUGAAACAUUGGAAUUAAGACAUUUUCCAUUUGAUUGUCAGGAUCUAUCCGUUACCAUCACAUGUGAUCGUACCACAGAUGAAGUGGAAUUAGUUGCUUCACCAACAGAAGUUAGUCAAGUUGAUGUAAGAUGUGCAGCUGAUAGUCAAGAAUGGAAAAUAUUUCAUCAUGUUGAUAUUAAAUCUAUAGAGAUUCAAACAGGUUAUAGUCCUAGUACAAGUAAACGUUGUCAUCCUGGUUUAGUAUUUACAAGUCGUUCAGCACGUCGUUCUGGUUAUUUUCUUGUGAAUAUGAUAUUAAUUAGUUGUGUAUUAUGUUUAUUAUCAUUUUCUGCAUUCUCUGUACCAGCUAAUGAAAAUCGUUUACAAUUAUCCUUAUUAUUAUUAUUAACAACAGUAACAUUUAAAUUUGCUGCAUCACAAAAUCUUCCAAAAAUAUCCUAUUUAACAUAUUUGGAUAAAGUUGUCCUGGUGAAUUUUUUCAUGCUUGUUAUUCUCACUGUAUGGCAUGCUAUAGCUCGUGCUGUAUCUGCUUCAAAGCCAAAAUUUUUAGAAUAUGAACAUUAUGUUAUGUACAGUUUACUCAGUUGUUAUUGUCUUGGUUCUGUGUUAUUUGGAUUAACAGUUUAUCUCGAUGCUGGUUCAAGAAGACGUUUAAUGAAACGUAAAGAUAUAGAAUUUAAUCAAUAUAAACAACAAAUUGAAGCACAAAAACAACAUCAUUCUAUAUUAAGUGUAUCAUUAGAAGAAUGGUUAAGUUCACCCCAUAAUAGUAUAACAGAGAAUUUAUUAGAUAAAAAUGAUCUAUAAUCAAUAAUAAUUAUUAUUGAUAUUUUCUGAUCUGGAUCAUAAAAUAAAGAAUGAUCAAUAUCAUGUAUUAUACAUGAUUAUUAUUGUUAUAUCAUUCACUUUGUGAUAUACAACAAAUGGAUACAUAUACAGUUAGGUGAUAGAUCCAAAUCAACAAUGAUCUUAUAUAAUCUUUAUAUUGUUUAUGUAAUUUCAUUUAUAGUUGAUUGUAUGUGUGUGUGUGUGUGCGUGUGUGUGUGUAUGUGUACUCUUCCAUAAUGUUACAUGAUGUUUAUGUUAUUUUAAAAGGAUCACUUAUCCAUUAUGUACAUCUAUGGUAUAGUAUAUUCAAUACAAAUCAAGAUGAUAUUCAUCAGUUGAUGAUCCAUUUAUGGUAUCAUUGACUGGUAUCAUCAUUGAAGAUGAUUUCUCUUUCUCUAUUGUAAAUAUGCAAUAUAUAUCUCUAUAUAAUGAUAGACAUCUAUAUAGAGACCAUAUAUAUAUAUAUAUAUAUAUAUAUAUAUAUAUAUAUAUA